UCGGGUGUUUGUGUGUGUGUGUGUGUGUGUGUGUGUGUAUGAAGAUACGUACAGUGACUGAUAUGGCGUACAGUGCGGGCGUGCAGGCAGACAGGGGACCCUAUCAUUGUGACGUGGUCGGGGAGGGGGGGUUUCCAUCGAGUAUGAACCAAACUAGCGACCUGGAACUUUAAAGAGUUGACAUGAAAGCUGGUAGACUGGCAAGGGGGACGGUCGUGUGACUUCAGGAAACGUCUUCACAGAAGUUAUGCGCAUGCCGCGAGCUGCUUUAAAUAUACAUUGAAGCGAUAAGGUGGUAGCUAUCCAGUCCAAGACAAUGUUUCUGAUCGCGCUUUCCCUGUGCCUCGGGAUUGUGGUGUCCGCGGGUGUCGGCCUGGAGUUCCGUUACCACAAUUCCUUGGAGGUUGAGAAGUACCUGCGAAACGUUAACAAUACCUUCGGGUUCACACACCUGCACAGUAUCGGGAAAUCAGUGGAAGACCGUCACGCAACAUCUUCUUCCAGAUACAUUGAACAGGGCUCACAGAGGCAGUGUGGGUUUACUGUCGGCCAGACACAAUGCAGAGACCUCUGGGUUCUUAUUCUGGGAAAGAAUCCAACAGAACACCAGAUAGGAAUUCCAGAAUUCAAAUAUGUUGGGAAUAUGCAUGGAAAUGAGGUGGUGGGCCGAGUUCUUCUCCUCCAGCUGAUUGAUUACCUGACCCGUGGUUACCUCAAGGACCAGUUGGUGACACGCCUCCUGAACAGCACGCGAGUCCACAUCCUGGUUUCCAUGAAUCCGGACGGCUUUGAGUCCUCCAAUAGGGACUGCAUGUACUCUCAGGGGAGGUUCAACAAGAACGGUGUCGAUCUGAACCGGAACUUCCCCGAUGCCUUUUCUAAGGAGAGUGGAACCAGAGAGAUGGAGGUGAGAGCCAUUAUUGACUGGCUGAAGACGGAGAGCUUCGUCCUGUCUGCCAACCUGCAUGGAGGGGCUGUGGUGGCCAGCUAUCCAUACGACAACAGCAACAAAGGUGCGGAACUGAAGGGCGGUUCCAGCAUCACCCCUGACAAUGACGUGUUUGUCCACCUGGCGAAGACCUACUCCUACACACACACACUCAUGCACAAGGGCGACCAGUGCUACGACUCCAAGGACUUCACGGACGGCAUCACCAAUGGCUACAACUGGUACCCCCUACCAGGUGGCAUGCAGGACUACAACUAUGUGUGGGGCCAGUGUCUGGAGAUCACUCUGGAGCUGUCCUGCUGUAAAUUCCCCAAUGAGAGUGAGCUGCCGGGCUUCUGGGACGCCAACCGGGACGCGCUGCUGGCCUACAUGCAACAGGUCCAUCUGGGUGUGAAAGGGCAGGUGUUGGACGCAGAUGGAAAGCCAGUACAGAAUUCUCUGGUGGAGGUGGAGGGCAGACCUAACCUCUGUCCCUUCAGAACAGACAGCAAUGGAGAAUACUACAGGCUGCUGCUGCCUGGCAACUACACGUUCAAGGUGACGUACCCAGGCCACCGUGUGUUGAUGGAGACGCUGGCGGUCCCGUAUGGUCCCGCGUCGUUCUCAGCCUUGUCCCACGACUUCCGCCUGGAGAGGGACGCAGCCACAACCCCCAGCCCUGGCAACACCCACCCCCCAGAGUCCUGCACCUCAAGCCAGGUCUGGGAGUCCCUUGAGGGCCACUCUCCAGGCCUGGUCUCCUGGGGCGGCACCUUCGUCCUGGUCCUCCAGGCUGCCUGUAGUACCAUGUUACUGUGACAGAGAUAGGACGAUGGUCGGCGUCUCAAAUCACGCCUUAUUCCCUAUGGGGUCCUGGUCAAAACUAGUGCACUAUAUAGGGAAUAGAGUGUCAUUUAGGAUGUUACACAUGGAGAUGGAGAUAUAGACUGGCUGGUAUUUCUUCCGGAGACAUUGUACUUUCUGUCUGUGUAUUUUUGUAAUAGAAAAAAAAACAAAAAAACAUUCAACACUUAGCGUUGCUCUACCUUGCACAAACACUUGAGAUGUCUUAGUGUUUUUAAAUUAUGUUUUGCGUUGAUGCUUCAUUGCUUUUUAGUUUUCACACUGCGCUGAAAGCAAUACUGCCAACCAGCAUUCUACUAAGCUGAGUACAAAGAGGGCUACGGACCAGGCGACGGACCAGGGGGUUAGUGGGGAUGGAAAACCCCCUUUAGUCAAUGUGAUAUCUGCACACAUCUGCAUGCAGACAGGAAGCGAUUCACAUUAACCAAGGGACUGUUUGUCUGGCCUCAAACUCUCACCAAACCUAACUGUCUACACAAGGUCUCCUCAAAUAGCCACUGACUCUGGUUGGAGUGUCUGGCGAGAGAGAGACAUGCUGGAGGGACUUAUCCAUGGGAGUGAGGAUUGGACUCUUCACACUCAGAAAACCACUGUUCAUUAUUACAUCGAUAAAGAGCUACAGUCUAAACCAGCAACCAUGAACACCUCUAGCUUGAUAUCCAUCGGCGAAACCCAAACCACCAUGAACCUUUGUCAAAACCAAGUAGUGGGCCUUGUAGUAGAGACAAAUAAGGAUGAUCAAGUUAUAAUAUGAAGACACACACGCGCACACAUCUUUCAUGAGUAUUUAUUUUUAAGCACAUUCUGUGUGACAGGACUGUCUCCAUUGAUCGUGGAAGACCAUGUUAAUAAAGUUCAUACCGGUGCCAUGGAAGCUGGUCCAGUAGAAGAAUGUGUUGUGGCCUGCACUUCAGUCCAAACAUUAUGCAGAGUUUCUGCCGACAGCACAGACCACACCUGAACAUUAUGUCACCACCCGGAUUUCACCCCAAUGUUUCCCUCUCCCAGUUUUGCGAUGUUAAAUCCUAGAAUAUGGCCUCGUCAUGACAACCAACCAGUUUUGUGAUGUUAAAUCCUAGAAUAUGGCCUCGUCAUGACAACCAACCAGUUUUGUGAUGUUAAAUCCUAGAAUAUGGCCUCGUCAUGACCACCAACCAGUUUUGCGAUGUUAAAUCCUAGAAUAUGGCCUCGUCAUGACCACCAACCAGUUUUGCGAUGUUAAAUCCUAGAAUAUGGCCUCGUCAUGACAACCACACAGAGGUUCUCAUCACACUGCGACCCUGGCUGAUGCGUCAUCCGUCCACAGCCGGAAGGGCGGAGCCAAUCAGCACAGAGCCAAUCAGCGCUGCCCUAUGCUGGAACCUCAGGGUACCUUCGACCGCACUUGGCCACAGUGGCGGACAUUGCACUGUGAGAUGGUAAAUUAGGCCACGGCCCCAACUCUGGGGCCAUUUCUCAUUAUUCUGAAGGAAUGAACCAGCUUUUCACACUUCAGUGACAGUCAAACAUGUUGUUGUACCUGAUUCACCGUGUUGUAUCACCAUACUAGUACUGUCGUCCAAAAACACGACUGAUGCAUUACGGUGUUAUGGUGAAUAUCAGAGUUGUGAAUCGUGUGGCACCCUGUUAGCUACAUACCGCAUAACCUUUGUUUAAAACCCUGAAGGCCCUGGCCAAACGAAGUGCACUUCAUCGAAGGGUGCUGUCUGGGGUGUUGACAGCGUUAUCCAGAGAUGUACCCCCUUGUUUGUUCUACCUCAUAUAGGAACAUCCUUUUGACCUUUGGGAUGAGACUGUUGUUGUGCCUUGAUGAAUAAACCUCACGUUAUAAUGUC